GCACGGCGGGCAUGGCAGAGAUGCGGCCGGGGCCGGUGGUUGGGAAACAGCUCAACGAGCAGCCCGACCACUCGCCGCUGGUUCAGCCGGGCCUGGCCGAGCUGAGACGCCGGGCGCAGGAGGCGGGCGUCCCGCAGACCCCGCAGCCGCUCACAGACGCUUUCUUGCUGCGCUUCCUGCGCGCCCGGGAUUUCGAUCUGGACCUGGCCUGGCGCUUAAUGAAAAACUAUUAUAAAUGGCGAGCAGAAUGUCCAGAAUUAAGUGCAGAUUUACAUCCUAAAAGUAUCCUUGGACUUCUGAAGGCUGGUUACCAUGGAGUGCUCAGGUCCAGGGAUUCUACGGGCAGUAGAGUUGUCAUUUACAGAAUUGCAUACUGGGACCCGAAAGUUUUUACAGUGUAUGACGCAUUUCGUGUAAGUCUGAUCACAUCAGAGCUCAUUGUACAGGAGGUGGAAACUCAACGGAAUGGAGUCAAGGCUAUAUUUGACCUGGAAGGCCUGCAGAUUUCUCAUGCUUUCCAAAUUACCCCAUCUGUAGCCAAGAAAAUUGCUGCUGUAGUUACAGACUCCUUUCCAUUGAAAGUGCGUGGCAUCCAUUUGAUAAAGGAGCCAGUCAUUUUCCAUGCUGUCUUUUCCAUGAUUAAACCAUUUCUGACUGAAAAGAUUAAGGACCGGAUUCAUCUUCACGGGAACAACUAUAAAUCAAGCAUGCUUCAGCACUUUCCAGACAUUCUUCCUCUGGAAUAUGGUGGUAAUGAAUUCUCCAUGGAGGAUAUUUGUCAGGAGUGGACAAAUUUUAUAAUGAAGUCUGAAGAUUAUCUCAGCAGCAUUUCUGAGAACAUCCAAUGAGAAGUUAUUUCCAGUGAAUGACUUCUUCAUUUAAAAUUCAAGGAUGAGAUCCUAUCAGGUUACUAAACUCAAGAGCAAAACUUCUAAACUAAUUGAUGCUUAUCUGAUCUUUAGUCAUGCAACAUGGAUAUCGGGGGGGGGGAAUGUUUUAACUUCUACAAUGCUCUGCUCCUUUUAAAUUAAUGUUAGGAAAGAAGAUAUUCCUGUUUGCACUUGAAGAGCAAACAUAGCUACAUCUAAAGUAGCUGUUCCAGUGCAUCUUUGAAUGGUUCAGGAAAUUUUAUCUUAAACAAAACUUUAUGAUCACAUUGUUCAAUACUAGAUUGAUGGCUAUCUACUGGAACGAAAUACUGUAUGUAUCAACACUGAUGGUGAAACAAUAUUGAUGCUCAGAUAAGGUUGGUGUCAGCUCAUAAUUCAGAUGGAAUCUGAAUACAGCUUAAUCAGGAUAGUUCAUCUCAGGUAAACCCUACUUUAGCAUAUGCACAAUAGAAGCUUUUGAAUGUAAGUCUAUACAUUAUAAUGUUGUAAUCAAUGAAAUCACUGUGUUUGAUAAAAAUGACUUAAAGCUUGUGAAAUUUUUCUGAGGACAGUGGAUUGUUUCCCAUACUGUCUUGUAUUUUCAAAUAAGUAAAGAAUAUAAUUAUGGCUUCUGUUUAUAGACAGGAAAGUAGAGGUAUAUGUCUUUUACAUAGACUUUUAUACUUGAAAACUUAACAGAACUACAUAAAUGAAAGGUGUUUACAUUUUAAACUAUCAGAUAUUAUACUUAGUAUUUUUCAGAUUAUUCAUAAAAUUCUGAAAUAAUUAACUACUAUUUUAUUCUGAGAUAAUUUACUACUAUUUCAGAAUAUUCUGAGUCCCAUGAUUCAUACUUAAUUUAAAUAGUCAAUAGCUGGGAUGUGCUGUCUCUACUACAGUGCUGUUCAUUUCUAAGAUUUUCAUUCAUUGAGAAAGAUGUAAUCUCAUCCCAUAUUCAGCACAGCCUUCAAUUUCUGACAUAAUGUUUAUACUUAAUGUUUCUAAUUAAUUUUAUUUUAAACUGGAAAGAAAGCAAGGUAGAGAACUUAUUGAAUUUGUGUUCAAGUAGAUAGAUUUCUACAUUAAUUACAUAAGAGUAUCUUUGUAUAAGGAUAUUUUUCAUUGCACAAGGGUGUUUUUCUUUAUAAGAAAAUGAGUCUAAUCAGAUAAGCUGGUACUUAUGGUUCUCUGUACAUAUACCUCUGACAAAACUGAGAGGAGGUGCAGAUGUUCUUUAGAGAACGUGUUUAAUUUUGAUUUAGCAACUAGAUGCUAACUUUACUAUUUGAUUUUACUAAAAAAUCUUGCCUUUUUCUUACAAAAUAGUCUUCUUUACUAAAUUAUGAAAUUGAAAUUGUAUAAAUAAGAAUAAUAGAAAAUCAGUUAAAAAACAGUAACAAAACACAUUUGGCUUAUCAAUCUUUUAAUCAUAGAAGGAAACUCAGAUGUCACUUUAUUUACAUAUAGCUAUUAAGUCACUUGCCAUGACUGUGAAGGAAUGGAACAUUACAAUAAAGGCUAAUGUUUUAAAUGUGUACAAUAGUGAAGUAAUUAACAAUAAACUGAAUUUUAAAAUGUC